ACCCCAUUAUCAAACCAUCCUCAUUCCACAUUUUCACUACUCUUCUGAACAUUGUGUCUGAAUUUUUUAUCCUCUUUUUUCCGUUUGCUUUACAUGUACACAACCUGAAAUUUCAAAAUUCGAAUUUUGAAUUCAAAAUCAAAAUUAAAAAAAAAGGGAAUUCUAUCCAUUCUUUGUUUUCAGUUUUAUCUCUUCCUCCUCUUCUUCGAUUCUUCUCCUUCAUCUUUUUCACCUUCAGUUCCUCUUCUUUUUUUUUGUCCUCAGUUCACUGAUUCUGUUUUUGUAUAAUCUUCUUAAUUUAAGUUGGAGGUGGAGAUUAUAGAGUUCAUGUACGCACCAAGGAAGAGUUACGGCGGUGGAUGAGGUUGCAACCGCUAUGGUUGUGGAUCAUAAUAUGGCGGUGGAGUUUGUGAUGGUCAUCCAUGAUGUGAUGAUGGAUACGGAGGAGGCAGCGGCGGAAGAAAGCAAAUCGAUGGAAAGUACCGCCACAUAGAACACAUGCAGUGACGCUAUGAAAGAGAGCACAACAGGAAGCAGAGGAAAGAAGUAGAGACACGACAUGGAGGAGCGAGAGAUGCAUACUGGAGUCGACAACAAUGGGCAUGCAAUUUGGUGCGGCUGAGAUGAUUUCGAUGGCGAUAGAUGCCAUGGAAGAUAAGUCACAGUUGCAGCGCCGGAAGCGGCCAGCAACGGUCUUGGUGCGAUGAUUCUGUAUACUCUGCUUAAGUGCUUAUAGGCGUCUUUGUCUGGUGUGGAGCUGUUAAUGCAAAAAAUCCAGAACCUCAUUGUUGUUGCCGGGAUUCUAUUUGUAUUUUGCUUAAAUUUCAUUAACCUCUUUCCCUCUUAUAUUCAAUUUACAUCCAAUAUACAAAACUAAAUCAGAUUUCAAAGUAAUGCAGCAUGAAUUAUUCAUUUUUCCUUUAGUAUUUGAAGUCCUGGCUUUUGUAUUUUCAGAGUAAUUUAGGAACUAAGGCAAAAGAAGUUCUUCCUGUGUAGCUAUUGUGGAAGGUGGAGAUUAUAGAGUUUGAAGGCAGUUGAUGUCACUGUACCCGAUGGCUCCAACCUUCAGCGAAGUCGUCGCGGUGGUGGUAAAGGUUACAAAGGUUGAAGCGGUGGCGACAGCGGCCAUGGUGGUGGAGGAGUCUAAGGCAGCAUGGCUCUGACUGGUCGCCGUGGAGUUUAUCACAGUGGUGAAUAAGGGGGAGGAUGUGAUGACAGUCCUGCAUGCUAAAGCACAUUGUGGAAUGGGUCAAGGUAAGCAACCAGGGAGGAGGCGGAUGCAGAGGCAGGUUCCGCGGCGGCAUUUGUGCCAGCGGCAGAUGCUACAACCAUAGGCAUCUGUGGGCAUUUUGCAACAGGCUGCCCAACGUUAGUGAGUUUCAAUUCUCGAUUUUUUGGGUCUUUUCUCUUCUAAAAUUGGGUCAAAAUUCUUUUUUCUGCGACCCAUUUCAGCUUUGUUGCUUUCAAAGGAAACUUUGUUAAUUCUAUGUUUAUGUUAACCCGUCAAUACUGAAUUAGUACAUGUCACUACUAGCCUCUAUCAAGUAUAAGAGCGAUUUUGUUGUCGUUGAUGUCAUGUUUAAUAUAAAUUUGAGUUGGUUCCAGGUUCUCCUUCCUCUUAGGUGAAGGAACUAAUUAGCUUUAGGGCAAUUUGUACCUUAGAAAACUUUGAAAAUUCCACAUAUACGUUAACUUUACUAUAUGAUUAUGUUCUUCUUUCUGUGCUUACUAUUGGGUCCAUCAUAUUUUGAAUUAAUAUUGUUACAAUAUAAUAUAAAAUAGGGAGGAAACUAUUCACAUAAUAUAUGAUUAUGUUCUUCUUUCUAGACUUGGUGUGUGCUAUUAUUUGGGAGAAUCAUUGGGCAGGUAUUUUAUUCAACCAUAUUUCUUUUAGGUUUUCAGUUUACUGUUAGAGUUUUCUUGCUGUUGUAGAUUUCAAAUGAAACGAUUAUUUGCUGUGGGCAUUGGGCAAUCUAUUAGCAUGUUUCUUUUAAGUGUGAUGUAGCCCGUUUUCUUUAUGAGAUCGCGCAUACCCUUCCAGUUUCACUUAAUAACGUUGGAGGUGUAUUCGUGGGAACCUGUUCCAUAUUAAUGGGAAACUUUUGGGAUGCUCAUAGUACUGAAACUCUGUUGGAGUCAGAUAUAUCGGUAUAUAAGGUUGUCAUAAUUUUAGUGGAAGCUGCUAAUUGGAGAUGAGCAAUCUCAAGCUUGGGGUGGAGGUUACAGGUGCUCAUGACCUUAUGCCAAAAGAUGGCCAAGGUUCAUGUAGUUCCUUUGUGGAACUUCACUUUGAUGGUCAGGAAUUUCGAACAACCACUAAGGAUAAAGAUCUGAGUCCAGUUUGGAAUGAGAAAUUCUACUUCAACAUUACUGAUCCAAGCAGAUUGCCAAACCUCACUCUUGCCGCCUGCAUCUACCACUAUAACAAAUCCACCGGUUCCAAAGUGUUCCUUGGCAAGGUCCACCUCACUGCAACAUCAUUUGUCCCGUAUGCAGAUGCUGCUGUUCUUCACUACCCUUUGGAAAAGAAAGUUGUUUUUUCCCGCGUAAAAGGAGAGCUUGGCUUGAAAGUAUUUGUUACUGAUGACCCUUCAAUUAAGUCCUCAAGUCCUCUUCCUGAUUUAGAACCAGUUACUAAUACAGAUCAACACACUGUUCAAGAUCAAACACCAUCAUUCACAAGUUCAAUACUGAAUGUGUUUUCUCGAAAGAAAAAUGACUCAAGGCACACAUUUCAUACAGUUGCCAAACCAAAUGAAGAAAAACAGCAUCAAUCUUCUUCUUCAGCAGCUGCCAAGCCGAGUUCAAACUAUAUGAUACAUGAGAUGAAAUCUGGAAUGCCGCCUCCUUCGAAAUUCGUGUAUGCAGGUUCAUCUCCUUUUGAUUAUGCAUUGAAAGAGACAAGCCCUUAUCUUGGAGGGGGCCAAGUUGUUGGUGGGAGAGUUAUACGUGGGAACAUGCGCCCCAGCACCUAUGACCUUGUUGAACCAAUGAGGACUAUGGCUCCCAAAAGAAAGAAAACUGUCAUGAAUAAUGAUAUCAAUAAUUGGAAGGAAGCUUCAGAAAAGAUGAGGAAUCAAAAGGAUUGCCUGUGCUGCUGGGCUAUAGUGGUAGCUGCUGCUAUUGAAAGUCGGUACAAUAUAAUUGACAAACCCAGUGGUGAAAAUAUUACUGUUUCACCACAGGAUUUGUUGGAUAAUUAUUUGACGGAUGAUCAAGCAGAACAACUCGGGAAAGACGGCACAUGCCUGGAAGAAAUGGGAGUUGGUGCAGUGGGUCCACGUGGUUGUUUUUCAGCAAGACCUAUUGAAGUUUUAAGAUGGGUGAUUAAAUAUGGGUGUGUAAUUGGUUCACGGAUGAUGUUUUCAUAGCCAUUCUUUUUCCUUCACAACUCAAAUUCCUCCACAGCUUAAGACUGAGAUGAACCAGCUUCCCGGGAUGUACCAGCCUGAGAUGUACCCUGGGAUGUACCAGCUUCCUGGGAUGAAUAAUGAUACCAAAUACACUCAAAAUAUGGAUAAAUAAUAAUUAUAACUGCUCUAAAUAAUAAAUUAAAAUACAAGAUACACUCCUCAAAAUAUGGAUAAAUGAUCAUACCUACUCUUCUAUCUUAGAAACAUCAAUAGGAAUUACUCCAUGUGUCAAUAUAUCAGUAGAUAUUGUGUUCCCUUCUAAAUCCUCGUGUGUAAUUGGCUCACGGAUGAUGUUUCCAUAGCCAUUCUUGGGGAACAGUAUGGGGAAAGAAUGGCUAUGGAAACAUUAUCCGUGAGCCAAUUACACACAAGGAUUUAGAAGGGAACACAAUAUCUACUGAUAUAUUGACACAUGGAGUAAUUCCUAUUGAUGUUUCUAAGAUAGAAGAGCAGGUAUGAUCAUUUAUCCAUAUUUUGAGGAGUGUAUCUUGUAUUUUAAUUUAUUAUUUAGAGCAGUUAUGAUAAUUAUUUAUCCAUAUUUUGAGUGUAUUUGGUAUCAUUAUUCAUCCCAGGAAGCUGGUACAUCCCAGGGUACAUCUCAAGCUGGUACAUCCCGAGAAGCUGGUUCAUCUCAGUCUUAAGCUGUGGAGGAAUCUGAGUUGUGAAGGAAAACUCUGAUGCUGUUAUUUGAAAACUCUGAUGCUGUUAUUUGAAUUGUGAUUUUUCAAUUAGUUGUUUUGCUUCUGAUAUUUGUAAUUUAAGUUGGAGAUGAGAAAAAUUGGUGCCAAAAAUUGUUUUAAUCAAUAUGUUCUGUGAUGCGGUGUCAAUUAUUUUGUUUUUGGCACCCUUGACAAGAUUUUUUUAUAUAAAAGUCGCAAUUCUAUUCUAUAAG